AUGAAAGAUCCCCGAGCGUCGAAGCGGAGAAGAGUCUCCGAAGAACCCCCCGAAGAUGGCGACGGAGAUAUCGCAAUGGAAAGCGACGCUGCAUACUCAUCCCCUGCGGCUGUUGACGACUCUGAAGAAGACGAAGAUUACCGCGGACCCCGACAAUCGGCCUCACGACGUCGAUCUACUCGUGGCGGAAACAAAAAGGUACCGGCCGGGUUAGAGGAUGGCAGUGCACAACAACCAGAAACCCCCUCGAGAGGCACACGCACAAGUGGUCGCCAGCGCAAAACUCCUGCAAAGUACGAAGGCGAUGCCCCGACCCCAUCUUCGACUCGCAGGGCAGCUGCUACACCACGAAGUACCCGAGCGACGAAGAGUGCGCAGAAGUCCAGACAGAAGUCGCCGGCGGACGAGAACGACUCUGAUCUUGACGUUGAGAUGGAGUCGCCGAAACCCACGGCUUCGGUUUCUAGGACCAGGUCUCGACGGAGUACUGCUCGAGGAAGGACACAGCGCGGCGCAGACAAUGAGGAACAGGAGAGAUCCGCGUCGCCGGAAUAUCACGAUGGACUGGAUGAUCUUGUCGCCAUGCAACUCCAGCAGGGCCUCCAAAACCAGCCGGAGGUGCAAGAAUUCGCCGAGGUAGUCGAGGAGGAGCCUCUUCCCGAGUAUGUCGAGAAGAUGCAAAAUCUCUGCAAGGACGGCUACCACGAUGAGAUUCGUGCUCUUUCUACGGCCGUUUUGGAGAAACUCUCCGGCAAGCGACAGAUUCCUCUCCAGGGUCUAGAAGCCGAGUAUAACAAAGCCAACCACCUGAUCGAACAAACAGUGACAGUUGGCGAGGGAAACUCGAUGCUUCUUCUCGGCUCGCGUGGGUGUGGGAAAACAGCCAUGAUCGAAACGAUCAUUUCUUCGCUUGCGAAGGAACAUAGCAAGGACUUCCAUGUCGUUCGUUUGAAUGGUUUCUUUCACACUGAUGACCGCCUUGCUGUUCGUGAGAUGUGGCGUCAACUUGGCCGUGAGACCAACACCGAGGACGAUACUGCUAAAGUGAGCUCCCAUGCCGACACUAUGGCAACUCUAUUGGCUCUCCUGUCUCAUCCGGACGAGUUGUUUGGCGCUGCAGGGAAUGGGAACGCGGUGACGGCGGCGAAAUCGAUUGUCAUAUUGCUGGACGAGUUUGAUCUGUUCGUCACGCAUCCCCGACAGACUUUGCUAUAUAACCUGUUCGAUAUUGCCCAGGCACGAAAGGCGCCUAUCGCAGUCAUUGGAUUGACCACCAAGGUUGAUGUCACCGAGAUGCUGGAGAAGAGAGUCAAGAGUCGGUUCAGUCAUCGAUAUGUCUACGUUCCGCUCCCGAGAACCUAUGAUAUUUUUUCGGACAUCUGCAAAGCGAGCCUAGAUCUAGACGAGGACGAGGUGCAGCAGAUCACAGACCUUCUUAGCUCUCAGAACACUGUUCUAGAUAGCAAUCGCUGGCAAACACUGCUUGGGGGGGAAUUGUGGGAGGACAAAGAUUUCCAAUUCCACCUGAAGAGGAUAUACAACCAAACCAAAUCCGUGAAGGAGUUCCUCACCAGUGCACUACUCCCCAUCACCAAUCUCCACCUCAGCACCCACGGUGUUGACGAACCGUCCAUCCAAAUCCCAGCCCCAAAGCACUUCAGCUCCCAAUCCCUCUCCUGCCCUGACCCAGCUCCACUCCCAUUCUCAACAUCCGUAUCCGCCUCAUCAAGCUCCUCAUCCCUUCCACUAGCCCUGCUAGUGGCCGCCACCCGCCUGGCGGCUCUCUUCGACCCCGGAAACGAAGGCAUGCAAGCGCAGAGCCUGUCCCCACUUGCGCUCUCGUUCCCGGCAGCUUAUGCGGAGUAUGUGCGACUGCUCACUUCCGCUAAGACAUCUGCCUCUGUAUCUGGCGCGGCGGCUACGGCUGGCCGGGUCUGGGGGAGAGAUGUUUCGAGAGAGGCGUGGGAGAAAUUGGUUACUUGGGGUCUUGUUACUCCUGUUGGUUCUGGGAAUGGAACUGCUGAUGGUCAGAUGUUUCGGGUUGAGAUUAGUUAUGAGGAGGUUAUUGAUAUGGCUGGUUCUGGCGGCUCGCUAGGACAAUGGUGGCGGGAUGGUUGA